UGCUGGCUGAAAGGGGUGGUGCUGCCCAGCCCCGCCCAGUUGGCUGUUGCUGUUGUUUGCGCUUUGUUGCUUUAUAUUUCUCUGAAAACAGUCUAAAGUGCAGUGGAGCCUCCAGACUUGCAGCUGACGGACCUGCCCGGGGCUACAGAAAGGACAGGGCACAGUGGGCAGACCCAGCCCUGUGAAGUCCUCAGGAGACCAUGACCAGCAAGAGAAUCGCCGUGAUCGGGGCGGGCGUGAGCGGGCUCACAUCCAUCAAGUGCUGCCUGGACGAAGGCCUGGAGCCCGUCUGCUUUGAAAGGUCCGAUGACAUCGGAGGGCUCUGGAGGUUCCAGGAAAAUCCUGAAGAAGGAAGAGCCAGUAUUUAUAAAUCAGUGAUCAUCAAUACUUCUAAGGAGAUGAUGUGCUUCAGUGACUAUCCUAUUCCAGAUCAUUUUCCUAACUUCAUGCACAAUUCCCAGGUCCUGGAGUAUUUCAGGAUGUAUGCCAAAGCAUUUGACCUUGUAAAGUAUAUCCGAUUCAAGACCGCUGUGUGCAGUGUGAAAAAGCGGCCUGAUUUCUCCACUUCAGGCCAGUGGGAGGUGGUCACGGAAUGUGAAGGGGAAAAGGAGAUGAAUGUCUUCGAUGGAGUCAUGGUUUGCACCGGCCAUCAUACCAAUGCUCACUUACCCUUGGGAAGCUUCCCUGGAAUUGAGAAGUUCAAAGGACAGUACUUCCACAGUCGAGAUUAUAAGAAUCCAGACAGUUUCACUGGAAAGAGAGUCAUUGUAAUUGGCAUUGGGAAUUCUGGAGGCGACCUGGCUGUGGAGAUUAGCCACACAGCCAAGCAGGUUUUCCUCAGCACCAGGAGAGGGGCUUGGAUCCUGAAUCGUGUAGGGGACCAAGGAUAUCCGUUUGAUAUGUUGUUCAACUCUCGGCUUACACAUUUAUUUUCGAAGAUUGUUGGUCAAUCAUUAGCAAACACAUAUAUGGAAAGAAGGAUGAACCAAAGGUUUGACCACAAAAUGUAUGGCCUAAAGCCUAAACACAGGGCUCUGAGCCAGCAUCCGACAGUCAAUGAUGAUCUGCCAAAUCGUAUAAUUUCUGGGAGGGUGAAGGUGAAAGGAAAUGUCAAGGAAUUCACAGAGACAGCUGCCAUAUUUGAAGACGGCUCCAGGGAGGAUGACAUUGAUGCCGUUAUCUUUGCCACCGGCUAUAGCUUUGCUUUUCCUUUCCUUGAAGAUUCUGUCAGAGUAGUAAAAAACAAGAUAUCCCUGUAUAAAAAAGUCUUCCCUCCUAACCUGGAAAAGCCAACUCUUGCAUUCAUAGGCUUGAUCCAGCCCUUGGGUGCCAUUAUGCCCAUUUCAGAGCUCCAAGGCCGCUGGGUCACUCAAGUAUUUAAAGGGCUAAAGACAUUGCCCUCAAAAAAUGAAAUGAUGACAGAAAUAGCUAAGGCUCAAGGACAAAUGGAAAAAAGGUAUGUGGAGAGCCAGCGCCAUACCAUUCAGGCAGACUAUGUAGACACCACGGAAGAGCUUGCUGAUCUGGUGGGCGUCAGGCCCAAUCUGCUGUCUCUAGCUUUCGCCGACCCCAAAUUGGCAUGGCACUUAUUAACAGGACCCUGCACUCCAAUCCAGUAUCGUCUACAGGGUCCUGGAAAGUGGGAAGGAGCUCGGAAAGCCAUCCUCACCACAGAAGAUCGUAUCAGGAAGCCUAUGAUGACAAGAGAGGUUGAAAGCAGUGAUUCCAUGACUUCAACAAUAACAAUGGCCAGGUUUAUGCUAGCCAUUGUUAUCUUUGCUGUAAUGAUAACCUAUUUUUAGCUGGAUCUAGAGAUGCCUUUAGACUCUGACAAGAUUGAAUUCCUCUUGAGUUUCACCAAAAAUCUUUUAUUUCCCUUUCCAAAGCAUUAAUCCUCUUUCCCCUACAAGGCAAUUCCAGCCUUUCAUUCAUAUUGACUUAUCUCCCUUCUUCUUAAGACCCAUCAUGUUUUCCUUCCAGCAAUCCCUGGUCUGUAAGCUCUGAUACUCUGUUAGUCUUUUUAUGCCCUUAGCAGAGUUAUUACAUGAUAGGUGCUUAAUAAAUGUUUGUUGUUAUCAAAUAUUAUGGUAGGGAGCAGAAGUCAAUAUCUGUAUAAGAAAUGGGUGAUUCCAUGUAACUAAGUUUCUGAUAGGAUUUAGUUUUCUAUUAGAAGCUCAACUUUUAGUUUUUAAUAUUGAAAUUAAGUGUGUUUCCUGAGGGAUAAAAAGAAAUAACGGUCUUAUAACAGUUGUGUAUACCUAAGAUAUAUACAUACUUAUUUUGUCUCAUUAGCUGUUCACUAGUGUAUCUGAUAUCUGGUCAUUCUGAUUCUUUUUCCCUCAGCAAAAGGUCUUUAUUAUCUCAAUGAAGGAACUACCUUAAACUUUCUAGGAUCAUGGGUCAUUCUAAUAAUCUAACAUUUGCAGAAAGUUCAACCAGGAGACCGGAAGUUCUAUUGCUCUCUAUGAUGUGCGCUAACCACCAGGGGGAAGUGCAGAAUGAAGGAAGGCCGGAGCCAGCAGCCAGCAGCAGGGGGGAAGGCCCUGGCUGGCAGGCAGAAGGCCCCAAUUGGCCCUGAUCUCUAGCUAGGCCUAGGGAUCCUACCGGUGCAUGAAUUUCAUGCAUCAGGCCUCUAGUGUUUUAAUAAAUUAAUAAGAGGGGAAGAAUACACAAAUCUCCAACCCAGAAUUCCGAAUAACUUAUGUAGACACUCUGCCUUUGUCAGACUAUAUAUAUCACUUGAUUCUCUCACCUGUUUCCUUCUUGAACUAGUAAAUUCCGUGGAGGAAGAUACUUUGUAAGUAAUCUGUUUGUUGUUAGUGCUGCCUAAAACAUAUGACCUGAGUACGUUAAUGAUUACUUAAUUGCAUAAGUAAAUUUGACAUAAGAUGUAAAAGUAUGAAUGUAUUUUUAAAGGAUCAAAUAAUAUAGUGAAUGUAUCUCAACAUAAAUAUACACAUACAUACAAAAGUAUUAUUAAGGAAAGGAGUGCUUAACAUUUUGAAAUGUUCUAGAAAACAGGGCAAGCCUGUUCUAGAAAAUACUCUGGAAUAGAUCAUUGACCAGACUCAGAAUGUCAUCUCUAAUGUCCUGUUUGGUUUGAAACACAAAUGUAUAUCCUGUCUGUAAUUUACAGGCAUACCUUAGAGAUAUUGUGAUUUCAGUUCCAGACCACCAUAAUAAAACAAGUACUGCAAUAAA